CCCCCCCCCCCACCCACCCCACCGUUCCUCUUCUCCUCCUCACUGUCGGUCACGGAGUUCGUCUGCUUGUUUCCCAAGGCUCGCUAGUAGUGUAUUUGAGGCAGGGUGCACACUGACGCGCUUGUAAUCCCGCGUCUGUGCCCUCUGUCUAUCUUUCCCUGCAUGAGAAAUUGUUGUUGAUUGUGUAGCAUCCGCUUGGUGGGUUGUUGUUAUAUUUUUAUUUUAGGGUUUUUUUUUGCGUUCUGCGUUGUGGUUCGCACGGCGGUUGCGCGUCGCCAUCGUGGGGCGUCGUUUUUUUACCGCUCUCCGGGUUGGGUUAUUACGUUGCCAUUACGGGACGGACUGGGGUCAAUCAAAGUGGGGUUGAGGUGUCCGAGGAAUGGAUGAUGAGCCUGCGAAGUGACGCCGCGUCGGUCUCCCUACCGCUCGCCCUGGCUAAGCAGCACUACAACAAGGCCCUGGAGCUAGAGAAGCAGCUACGGACAUUGCUUCAGGCGAAGGGGCCAUUUGAUGGGAAUGUGCGAUCCCUGCAAAUUUCUCUUCGGGAGAAAUAUGAGUCAGUCAUUCUUGAAGAUCAUGAACUUUCUGAGUCACAUGAAGUGGAGCAAGCUAUUUGGCGCCUGCAUUACAAACAAAUUGAUGAAUAUCGGGCUAAAAUCAAGAAAAUUAAUUAUGCUGCCGUAGCACCGAAAAGCGGAACGCAGAGAGAAUCUAUUAUUAAGAUCGUUGCGUCAUUUAAGAGCUUUCUUGCCGAAGUGAGUGGAUUCUAUUACAAUCUCAUUUUGAAAUUGCGAGCGAAGAAUGGCUUGCCUCAGGAUUAUUCUGCCUUUGAGAGCAGUGGUAGUGCGGCUAUUAACGCAGAGGACAAAGAUCGGAUCACUAAAGUGAAACGUUGCCAGCUCUCAUGUCACCGUUGCUUUAUUUUCUUGGGCGAUUUGGCCCGGUACAAGGAAGUGCAUGCAAAUAAUCAGGAUACUCGCUCUCUUGAUUUUUCUGUGGCUGCGGGACAUUACCUCCAGGCAGCUUCGUUGUGGCCCCCUAGUGGCAAUCCGCAUAAUCAGUUGGCAGUAUUGGCAACGUACGUCAGUGACGAACUCCUUGCAGUUUAUCGAUACUUCCGCAGUCUUGCCGUGGAGACGCCCUUUCUUACUGCUAGAGAUAAUCUGAUUCUCCUGUUCGAGAAGAAUCGACAGCAGUACAGCCAGCUUCAUGUAUCGAAGAGUGCUGUACACGGUGGAGGAUCACAGGUUUCGUCAACUGUUAGAGGUGAUCGGGCCUCAUCUCUUGGCGGUGGUACCAUGAAGUUAGCUAAGAAAGAUGUGAAAUCCGAGAACGCGGAUUCAACAUCAAACUCAGUAAAGAACAUGGACUCGAGGAGUUUUCGCAUCCGUUUCGUGCGAAUGAAUGGGAUAUUGUUCACACGCACCAGUCUAGAGACAUUCUCGCAGGUCUAUGUGGAAGUAUUAAGUGACCUGGAGAAACUUUUGUCUGGAAAUAAUUACAACCUGGAGGUGGUAUUCGGGACUGAUCAUCAAAGUCGAAAAUCAAUGGGCAACGCGGGGCCUUCCUUUGGCCUGCAAAUUGUUGCUAUUUUGGUCUUCACAGUUCAUAACAUUAGUUUCAGUUCAGAUUCCAUAAAUAAUCCAACUUACGCAGAAAUUUUACAGAGAUCCAGUCUUUUUCAGCAUGCUCUGACUGCAGCCUUCCAGAUUGUUGGGCAUCUAAUGCGUCGGUGUAGUGAGUCCAAAGACCCGGCUCGAAGUGUGCUGCUCCCUGCGUUGCUUAUAUUCAUGGAAUGGCUAGCGGGCCGACCCGAGAUGGCAAUCGGAAGUGAAGUUGACACAGAUCAAGCCAAUGCCAGAGCAUCCUUCUGGGCGGAAUGUCUAGUUUUGCUCAACUGUUUAUUGAAGAUGUUUAGAGAGGAGUCUAGCCCGAAGAAUGGGAUGGAGGGUUCUCUUACCAUUGAGUCAUUUGGUGUUUCAGUUGAGAACGAACGAGGUGUUGCACUAUGGGAGGAUUUCGAGCUACAAGGGUUUACGCCUCUUGCCCCCGCUCAGGCCGCUCUAGAUUAUUCUAAAGGUACAUUUCGUGAUGGUAGUGGGGUCAAACAGUUCAAAGUUCGUAUCAUGAGGCUUCUGGCGGCUGGGAAAGCUGUUGCCAGUGCUUUAGAGAGCACUGGAAGAGGUAUUUGCUACGACGAAGAGCUGGGCAAAUUUACAUCGCCUGGAGAUGCUCGGCAGGAGCAAAAGGAAGAGCAACUUAUUGAUACUGGCAUCGAGGAUACCGUUGACAGUCGAGAAGAAGAGCGGAAUGAUGCCUCUAUUACGUUGCAGAGUAGUUCUCUUGCCAGUGAUAAUCACCCGAAGGCACAAAAUUCAGUCAGGACCCCUGCUAGAGUAAUUAGUGAAGAGGAGGAUGAGGAAGUGAUAGUUUUCAAGCCUUUGACUAAGGACAGAUCGCCUGCGUCUGACACUAUUGCACCUUCCAAUUCUGAGGUUUUUCCUCCGGCUCUUAAAUUUUCCUCCCUACCUACUUCUGAAGUUUCUAUGGUGACCGCUGGCAAAAUAUCCCGGUUUUCAGAGAACUUAGUGGACCCUCAGUUGCGUCCUAUUGCAACUAAGCUCCAAGGUACGUUUCAUGGACAAGUUCAGGACACUUCUAGAGAGAACAGCUACCCUCUUGAUGCUAGCAAAUUCACGAGUUCUUCGAAGAGUGGUUUAGUUGAUCUAGCAACUCCUUCGAUGUUUGUGACUGGAUCUUUACCGGGGUCGAGUCCCUCGAUUCAUGAUACAGCAGCUACGUUUUCAACCUUGACCCUGUCUAAUCUGAAUUCCUCAGGGAAUGAAGCCCCUGCGACAAGGGCACUUGAUCAUCCUAUAAUGCCGUCGCCAUUGACAAGCGCAGCAAACUGGUUAGAUCAGUAUAUAUCUAUAAGUACAGAGCCCUGGUUACAAGGGCAAAAAAGUGUUUUUACAAAUUUUUCGGACAAAAGAAUGGGUGCCGGCUCAGUUGUAGCUUCUCAAGCCCAGAGUGAUGUUCGGUCACUAUGGAACUCAGAGCGUGAGUCUCUGGACAAAUAUGGAGUGUCAGGAUUUGUUCCUAGUGUACCCAUAAACAGCCGCCUUAGUGGGGAGGCAGUACCAAAUCCAAGCUCCCUUCCUAUCCUAACCUCCGCUGAGACUUCUCCAGGUAGUGAAUCUGGAAAGUACAUAGUUCCAGGAAACCGAAAUUCAAUUACAACCACCAGUAGCAGCUGGAACACAAAAGAGCAAUCUGUUUACAGCAGGGUUAGCCAUUCCGCGAUGCGUCCGCCACCUGGUUUUGGACCGCUUCCUGGAAAACCCGUUUCCAAACCAAUUUUGGGAAGCUCUCAAGGGUUGUUUCAAUCCCCAAGCACAUUCCAGAGUCAGAAAUCUAACAUAAGUGAAGAUAAUAUUGAUGACUAUGGGUGGUUGGAUGACUUUAGAAGUGUAAAGCCUGUCAAUUCACAGUCUGGUUAUUAUUCUGGAGAUGGAGAAACCCAGCCUAGCAGUAGCGAUCGCAAUCUGUGGCAUACGGAUGAUGUGAUCGUUAAAAGCGGAGCAUUUGACAGUGCACCCUUUCCUUUUCCAGGGAUGGGGGCUCAUCAUCAUUGGAAGUUCAAUUCUACAGUUCCACCUCAAUUUCCUUCUGGUACUCAGGCCACUUACAAUGAAAGUCAGAAGCCUGUUGAUGAAACUAAGGCCCAAGUGAAGAUGCAGACCGAGCUGCAACAGCUUCACCAGCAGCAGCAGCUUAUGUUUCUUCAACGCCAGCAGCAACAAUAUCAGCAGCAGCUGCCAGGACAAUUCCAUUCACUGGAUCCUUUUGUCUCAUAAGAUGGAUGGUAGGAUUUGGUUAUCUCACUUGUGGCAGGCAAGCUUAAUCGUCUUUAACCUUCCUUUGCAGACCAGAGGAGUACCACCGAUAUCUAUAUCUGUCUUGCAAAUUACACACGGAGAGCUGUAGCUCUGGGGUGUCCGUGCUCUUUGUAUCUCUUCUGGUAUUGGCCCGUAUGUCACUGAGUUGACUGUCUCAAAUACAUCUUCUUCAAAUACCCAAGAGUCAAAGUUGGACGGAGCAAGUUCAGGCUUCAUUCAUGUUCUCUUCAAAUUGGUUUCCUUGACGGUGUGUGAAGCUUUAUUUGGUCGCUACGAAAUCGUCCCCUCUCAAGAAAAGUAGGUAUUGAGAUCAACGAAAGAGACGUGAGUUACUAUGGUUUCUGAUGUGGACUUGUUCUACCUUUAGGACGUUUAUCCUAAAGAUUUUUCGGUAGGAAGCUAUUCCUACUCAGGGUCUUAGUGUAUGGUCCUGUUUACUAUUGAUGAACCAUAUCGUCUUGUUCUUAUUGUAUAAUGUAGACUCGCGUACCUUAGGAGAACCUACUAGUUUAACUCCUUUGAAGCAGUGGAGUACGAGUGGGUUUGUGUUGUUUUAGUGUUCCGCAGUUUUAGCAUGAUGCGGUAAAAUUGAGGGGGUGGCUGUCUUUAGUUUUGGAGUUCCCUCUAGCAUGGCCACUGCAGAGUAUACUACAGGUGGACUCCAUGAGUUUGGACCAGCCUGUGUGAGAUGAUACCAGCUCCCCAAUAAACAACGUGAAGUGCAGAUCUUUGCAACACAGUAAUUUUGCCAAGUGACAAAAUUUGUAAAUGUUUUCAGCCGUGUCGUUUUCAAUAUCCAGAGGUCAUAUUGCGAGUCGUAAGAAAGUUGAGUUGGGAUGAAUUUUAUUUCGAAUGUGGUAACUGUGGUUUGUAGUUUGUUUUGUAGAGGUUUUCACUACAAUUUUUUUGGAGAUGAGAACACUCGCUAGGAUAAUUAGGAAAGAGCUUGGUGUGAGUGGGAGCAUCAAGAAAAGUUGUAGGUUCAAUGAAGUUCUAAGAAAAGUUUCAGAGACCUUUGAGCUUU